UGCUGUCUUUAGUGCAGAGAUAGAGAGAGGAAGAGGGAGGGCUGUGUGGCGUGAGGCAGUGCGUGUGCUCAGUGUUUAGGUGAAUCCACAGCCCUCUGGCUCACAAGGAUAAAGGAUCCUCACAGAGGAACAUAAAGAAAAGCAACACAAGGACUUUCCCCCUGCCCUUUAUUUUAGUAUCAUCUCUUCCCUCUCUUGCUUCAUUUGGCUGCCUGUGUUUGUGUUUUGUUAUUCCUGUCCUUCUCUUUUGUUCCUCGCAUCCAUCUCUGUUUCGCCCUGGUCCAGAGAGAAGGAAGGAAGAGCCGAGUCAGAGGCAUCAUCCUCCUGUCCCGCAUGCCCAGCCGGUGUUGGGUGCUGAUGCUGUAACCACUGUGAGGAGCUGACAAGCCCUGGUUGAUGCAGUGAAGUGUUCCAGAGGGAUAAAGACAAGUGAAGAAGGGGGCUCAUGGGAAACCUCCUGAAAGUGCUGGCUUGCGCCGAACUUGAGCAUGGCCCAAUAGUUUUCCUUGACUUUGAACAUGCCCAGCCCACAGAGGCAGAGACAGCCGUGUGGAACCAGGUCAGUGCUGUACUGGAGGAGGCUCACGGGAUCCUGGCCGAGCUGCAGUCCUAUAACGGAGCUGGGCAGGAGAUACGAGAAGCCAUCCAAAACCCAGGCGACCUUGCUCUUCAGGAGAAGGCCUGGAACGCAGUAUGUCCUCUGGUUGCCAAGCUGAAGAGGUUCUACGAGUUCUCCCUCCGACUGGAGAAUGCCCUGCGCAGCCUGCUGGAGGCGCUGACGAGCCCACCCUACGCUCCCAUGCAGCACCUGGAGCGAGAGCAGGCCCUGGCCAAACAGUUUGCUGAGAUCCUUCAUUUUACUCUCAGCUUUGAUGAGCUAAAGAUGACAAAUCCAGCCAUUCAGAAUGACUUCAGCUACUACAGGAGGACUAUAAGCAGGAACAGGUUGAACAACCAGCAGCUGGAAGCAGAGAAUGAGGUUAACAAUGAGAUGGCCAAUCGGAUGUCCCUGUUCUACGCUGAAGCGACGCCAAUGCUGAAAACUCUGAGUAACGCCACCACUAAGUUUGUUUCAGAGAAUAAGACCCUGCCCAUAGAGGACACCACAGACUGCCUGAGCACCAUGGCCUGCGUGUGCCGCGUCAUGUUGGAGACUCCGGAGUACCGUUGCCGGUUUACCAACACAGACACCAUGCUCUUCUGCAUGAGGGUGAUGGUGGGAGUCAUCAUCCUGUACGACCACGUUCAUCCUGUCGGAGCUUUUGCUAAAACCUCCAAAAUUGAUAUGAAGGGCUGCAUCAAAGUACUGAAAGAGCAACCGUCCAACAGUGUGGAGGGACUUCUGAACGCACUGAGGUAUACGACACGGCAUCUAAACGAUGACAGCACCUCCAAACAAAUCAGAGCCCUCCUGCAAUGAAAGGAAGAGAGGAGAGGCAGAAAAGGAGGAGCCGAGGAAAGAAACACCACUGGCUGGAAAACCUGUUUGUUUACAACGAACAAAGAAAUUCAUCUCUGGGUUAAAAGCGACCUGGUGAUAAUAAGAAGAGGAAUUUAAUUAUAUAUAUUGUCAGCUGUCCAUCAUUCUGUCUCUCAUUUUGUAAAGUAAGAAAACAGAAGAAAAAAAGCCAGAAUAUAUAGAUAUAUAUUAAAAGAAGCAAAACACAAGCAGCAGAUUAAGAGUAGGUAGGAUAAAAGAGGAUGCUAUAUUGGAAAAUUUAAGGUCAGAACCAAAAUGUACAAAAAAAAAAAAAAAAGGGUUUGUGUUUCAGCAGUAGUCUGACAAGUAUUUUUGCACACACUUUGAGAACAAUGCCAUGUUAUUUCCCCUGAAAUCUGACUCCAGACUGGUUCCCUGAGCCCUUCCUGAUCCCCGCCUCACACAAACACUCACACACUUCCAGCCUCUCCUGUCUCCCUCAGCUGCACCGAUCUCCACAUACAGGUGGAUCAUUGGGCAAUGUGAUGGAUGCACUCCGGAGAUUUGCUCCCACCUUCUUUUCUACAUCAGUGCAGCUGAGGGACAGGAUGAACGAACAGAAGCAGUGUUUUUAGAAAUCCUCUGAUAUCUUCCUCGCCAUCCAUCUCCCCACUCAUCCAAGCAUCUGCAGGAUUUCUGGUUUUUCUUUGUUACAAUAAAAAAAUGUCCACCCAUGUAGUGUACCUGGACACCCAUUUCCACCCCAGAACAAAAUCUUUGUGAAUUGUCUGGCUUUACUUGAACAACACCUUUCACUCUUUGCAUCUUUCUCUCCAUGGUGCUAAAGCGGUUUAGAUGACAGUGCUUGCUUCUUAGAUAUCAUCUGGCUCUUUUCAGUUUCAAUCUCACGUUCUGAGAGCAGCAGAUCUGCUCUAAAGAGCAAAGAUCUGAGAGACACAUUACUUUCUCACCCAGUGCCAAAGCUGAUUAGUUUACACUAUCCUCAUUCAUCCGUCAAAAGAAUAGGCUACAGUGGAGUCACUGCUCAUCCAUUUUAAUUACUUGUGCGGGUUAGAAAGGAUAUGAAAUGACAGAAGAGUCAGGGAGUGGUCAGGCUUCGGCACAGACUUUUAAAAGGAGAGCUCCUUUGUAAAUAAGUGAGACUUUGCGUCCUCAAAGGAAAAAAACACAACCAACAUCAACAGUAUGAGGCCGAUGAGUCUUUCAAUAAGUGAGAAAUUAAAAUCGAAGAUGAAAAAAAUUCUGAAGGAGAUUAUAAAGAAGUGCUGUACUUUGGAUGUCUAUAGACCUUAGUCUAAUUUAAUUUGACCUUAUAAUAUAUUUUCUAUACAGGGGUAUGUGCACAAGCAUAUUCUGUAUAAAUACAUAGAUGGCAUGUUGUAAAAGUUCUGACAGAAAUGUGUAAAUAAGGUGUUUUUAUUCAUUUUUAAUUGUUCAGUGAUGCUGAAGUUGGAUGUGUGUUGUCUCUCAGAAUUACCAUGCGUUUGGCUUGGACCAUCGGACUUGCCGUAGUCAUAGGUUUCCAAAAAUUCAGCUUCAUUAUUGCAAAUGAAGGGGGAAAGGGAGGGACACUGAGAGGGUGGGGAGGGGCAGGGGCUGUCCAUUUGCUUGUUAUUUUGUAUAUUUUGUGCAACAAUAAACUUGUCAUUUAUUACAUUCAA